GGCUCGGGGUCGGUCACGGGGGGGCCAUGGGAGCCCGAACCGGGGCCGGGACCGGCGGCCGACAGCGGUAGGAGCCGCCGGGGAUCAUGGCGGAGAGGCUGGAAUGGGUGGAAAUCAUCGAGCCUCGGACCCGGGAGCGCAUGUACGCCAACCUCAUCACGGGGGAGUGCGUCUGGGACCCCCCCGCCGGCGUGCGGAUCAAACGCACCAAUGAGAACCAGUGGUGGGAACUCUUCGACCCCAACACCUCCCGCUUCUACUACUACAAUGCCACCACGCAGAGGACCGUGUGGCACCGUCCCCAGAACUGCGACAUCAUCCCGCUGGCCAAGCUGCAGACGCUGAAGCAGAACACGGAGUCGCCGCGGGCUUCCACGGAAAACAGCCCCGGCAGGAGCAGCAAUGUCAGCAGGGAGGGGAGCACCAGCUCGUCCUUGGAGCAGGAGCUGGAGGCCAACGAGAAGGUCCAGGAGCAGCGGUCGAGCCGCCAGCCCGGCCACUAUUCCGUGGUGAAGGAGGAAACGGAAAGUUCGUCGCCUUCCGGAAUGUUCGAGAAGGAAUACGACAUUUAUCGGGAUUACAGCACGGAAGGACAACUCCUGCACUACAGGGCCUCAUCCCUCCGGUGGAACGCCGGCACCAAGGAGCGGAUGCUGAUCAAGGUGACGGAUCGGGAACCGAGUUUCCUCCUCCACCAAGGCAACGGUUACGCGCCGGAAAACCAACCGGCUUCACGUUCACGCCGACCUUCCGGCGGUCAACAAUCGCCCAACCUCCAAACCUUCUCCUCGGACGCCGACAGCUCCGUCUUCUUCUCGGAGAGGAAACAAUCGCCGUUCCUGAAGAGGGCCGAACACGUGGGCAGCUGUUCGCCGCUGUUGGGUCGCGGCGAUUCCUUCUGCUCGCAACACCGCAAACAUUCCAGCGAAUCCCAACCCUCGUCGCCGCGUUACGCCUACGAACCGCCGCUCUACGAAGAGCCCCCCAUGGAAUACCAACCGCCCAUCUACGACGAACCGCCGGUGGACAUGCAGUACGAAGCCAGCGGGAGCUUCAAAGCCGCGUCGCCGCAAAAAUCGCCGAUCCGCAAACCUCACCCGUUCCUCCAGUCGCCCAAGCAAAGCUCCAACUCGCCGUACCAACAGUUGGUGCUCACCAAGCAGAAAUGUCCCGAUCGCUUCAUGAGUUUGGAGUACAGCCCCGCCGGGAAGGAGUACGUCCGCCAGUUGGUCUACGUGGAGCAAUCGGGCUCCAGCCCCAAGAUGAAGACGGGUUUGAGGCACAAAUAUUCGCCCAACCCCAUCGGUGGUUCCUACUCGUUGCAGCACAGCCCGUGUCUGCUGAGGGACAUCAAAUCUGGUGAUUACAGCAGCAUGGAAGGACAUGACUUCUCCUCCGGUCCCACCAGCGCGCCGGUGACGCAAGGUGAGGACUCCAUGUCGUGGUCAAGCCAGCAGGACACUUUGUCCUCCAGCGGUUACUCGCCGUCAACCAGGAAGAGGAAAAGUCGUAAACCUUCGGUCAACCACGAUGUCAACGUCUCCUCCACCGAUGGGUCAGGAGAACGUGAGACAUCAGGUGAGGUGGGUGAGGAACGAGCGGCGGUGGGACACAACCGGACGGAGAACAAAGCGGCGGAGGCGGAGGCGGCGCGGAACUUUCCGGAGCCGUUCCUGGCGCAGGCGCGGUUGGCGUGGGAGGCGCAACAGGCGCAUUACCACAUGAAGCAACGGAGCAGUUGGGAUUCCCAAAAAGACGGUUCCGGUUACGAGAGCGACGGCGCGCUGCCGCUGCCCAUGCCGGGACCGGUGGUGAGGGCCUUCAGUGAAGAUGAAGCGUUGGCCCAGCAGGAGAACAAGCAUUGGAAGAGGAACACCUUUGAGAAGUUGGGGUUUCCUCAGAUCUUGCUGGAGAAGAGCGUUUCUGUCCAGACCAACCUGGCUUCGCCGGAGCCGUAUCUUCAUCCAUCUCAGUCCGAGGACCUCGGCGCCUGCGCGCAGUUCGACGGCGGCCGCCAGACGCGCAACAUGAUGCCGAGCGCCAGUUGCGUCUUCCCGACCUUCAACCUGCGCAAACCGUCCUCGGAGACGGACAUCGAGAACUGGGCCUCCAAACACUUCAACAAACACACCCAAGGACUCUUCCGACGGAAGGUCUCCAUCGCCAACAUGUUGGCCUGGAGCAGCGAGUCCAUCAAGAAGCCCAUGAUCAUGACCAACGAUCGUAACGUCAAGAAGGAAGCGUGCGAGAUCUUCAAGCUCAUCCAGAUGUACAUGGGUGACCGGCGGGCCAAGACGGACCAACUCAACGUGGCUUUGGAGAUCGCCACCAAAGGUUGGAGCAUGCAAGGGUUGAGAGAUGAGCUCUACAUCCAACUGUGCCGGCAGACCACCGAGAACUUCCGUUACGAGAGUUUGGCACGUGGGUGGGAGCUCAUGGCCAUUUGUUUGGCCUUUUUCCCACCGACGCCCAAAUUUCAUUCCUACCUUGAGGGAUACAUCUACCGGCACAUGGAUCCGGUGAAUGACACCAAAGUCUCGCGGCACCUGCGGCACCUCCGGGCCCGGCCCAAUCAGAAGAAACCCAAAAUGCGCAAGAAACCAAAGGCCCCGAGCCCCGAGAGCCCCGGAGUGGCCAUCAGCACCUACGCCAAGUACUGCUACAGCAAACUGCAGAAGGCGGCGCUGACCGGGGCCAAGAAGGGCCUGAAGAAGCCCAACCUGGAGGAGAUCCGUCACGCCAAGAACGUCGUCUUCAACCCGUCCAUGUUCGGCAGCUCCCUGCAGGAGAUCGUGGCCAUGCAGAAGGACCGUUACCCCGACCGGCAGCUGCCCUGGGUCCAGACCCGCCUCUCCGAGGAGGUCCUCGCCCUCAACGGUGACCAGACCGAGGGCAUCUUCAGGGUCCCCGGUGACAUCGACGAGGUCAACGCCCUGAAGCUCCAGGUGGACCAAUGGAAGAUCCCCACCGGCUUGGAGGACCCGCACGUUCCCGCGUCUCUGCUGAAGCUCUGGUACCGGGAGCUGGAGGAACCUCUGAUCCCUCACGAGUUCUACGAGGAGAGCAUCUCCCACUACGAGAACCCCGAGGCCGCCAUCGCCGUCGUCCACGCGCUGCCCAGGAUCAACAAGAUGGUGCUGUGCUACCUCAUCCGCUUCCUCCAGGUCUUCGUCCAACCGGCCAACGUGGCGGUGACCAAGAUGGACGUCAACAACUUGGCCAUGGUGAUGGCGCCCAACUGUCUCCGCUGCCAGUCGGACGACCCGCGGGUCAUCUUCGAGAACACGCGCAAGGAGAUGUCCUUCAUCCGGGUCCUCAUCCAGCACCUGGACACCAGCUUCAUGGAGGGCGUCCUAUAGCGCUCCCCACCGGCCACCGGCCACCGGCCACCGGUCACCUCCCAGAGCCACAGUCCACAGUUGGUGGCACCGAGAUCCACCAGGA